AUGGAUAGCCGGGUUUCUUGCAACCAAGCCGAAAGAGCCGCCACAGGAAUUUUGGAGAAGAAUGGCUCGGCGUUUGGCUGGGCAGAUAUUCAUCCAGGAACUGACCUAGAGGACCCGAGGCUGAGUAUUUCCUCUGCGCCGCGAGACAGGCUUCCCCGGAAACUCUAUAUCAUUGGAUGUGAAUUCGAUCUGCUCUGUGGAGAUGCCGAGAUUUUGGCGAAAAGAUUGGCAAGCGACGGCACUGCCCAGAGAGUCGGCACAGACGAUAUCUGGGAGCACAACGGGGUGAAGUGA